AUGGCGUCUCAAGAUACUCCGUCAACAGCCCUCGUUCGCAAAAGAACCGAGCUAGAUCUUAUGCCUCCACCGCCGCCCCCGAAACGCAUCAAACGACCAAAGAAGACGCUAGACGAAGAUACAUAUACUGACGCCUUGUCCCACAUCAUCGCACGCGACUUCUUCCCUGGCUUGCUGGAAAGCGAGACCCAACAAGAAUAUCUGGACGCACUAGAAUCAAAAGACGCGGAAUGGAUAUCCAGUGCUCGUCGACGCUUACAUCAGGUUAUGACACCGGGACGACAAGGAGUCAAGAGAGGCACAUCAUUGCCACAAGGCGCCCAAACACCCCGAGAAUACGUCGGCGACACUCCGGUCUCGACUUCAGCUGAGUCAACACUUUCCAUCGCGAAAGAACGCCAUGUGGUCGAUACCAAUAUGAGCCUAGGCUCGUUCCAAUCAAAAUACACGAGCGAGGACAACGAAAGCUUUUACAAGCUGCUGGAUAAGCAAAAUGCUAAGAGGGUGGAGAAAUACGCAUGGCUCUGGUCAGGCAACAAGCUACCGUCCAACAUGAUGCUAAAGCAGAAAGAAAUAGAAGCCAAGUUGGCGGAAACACGCAGCCUGACGGAUGACGGCUUUAAGAAGGACAGGUUAGCCAUCAAGGAUCGCGAUGACCGGAUUGCUCAGCCGGAGACUUGGAAGUCGAUACCAAACAACGCCCUGAUGUUUGGUCCAGGCGGCGUAGAAGAUUUGAUGGAGACAGUAGCGCAGAAAUCCGAGGCGGAAUGCCGAGCGGCACCAAAGGCAGUCAACUACACGAACACAAGACUACCGCAGCCGACAAUCAACGAUGAGGAGUCGGCGCCGUCAUCACCAUCGCUUACAGCAAUACGAGAUGCCAUUGCAGGAAGACGGUCAGCCAGUGAUGCAGGUUCAACUAUACUCGGCAGCGAAACGCCUCGGGUCAACGGCUAUGCGUUUGUGGAUGAUGAAGAACCGCAAUAUGAGGUACCACCUGCUCCUAUCAUUGACUUGGGCCCAGGAGACGCGACACCAAAUCCGUUCACCAUCAAGGAGAAAAGCCAGAGAGAAGCGCUUCACCACCGCAUGGUAGACAAGAUCUCCCAGUCCAGGAGGACGUCAGCGCAGGUUGGAAUGACGGGGAAAGUUGACAAGACACCAGUGCCGAAGUUCCCAAGCAGCCCACGGGUGACUGGAGGAUUGACACCAGCGGCGCAGCGACUUUGGAGCAAGAUCGGAGGCAGUGAAGGCCAAACACCUCGCACCCCGUUUAGUCAGGAGACACCUAAGACGAAGCCACGGGCCUCACGCACUGCGACGAUUCUAUAG